AUGCCUUUUGAGAUCGAAGAAUUUGUACGGUUUGAAGGAGAGACGUCAAGUGUAUUAGGGGAAAGAUUUGAGCUAUUUUGUUGUGAGUUGUUGGUGAGGUAUUUUGAAGAAUUAGGUGCGAUAGUUACACAUACGGG